CUUUGGAACGGUUAACUUUUAUAAAAGCUCCUACGCGACGGUCAGGACACAAUUGAAAAAGUAUGCAUAAACUACAAACAAUGGUUCAAUUUGUUAGAAGAUAUCACAGCUGGAUUAUCAAAGAAUUCAUAUGAUACACACCUAGGUAUACGAGCCAAUAUGUCGCUCAUUUCGGACGAGGAAGACUUCCUCUCAGAUGAUCAGUCCGACCUAUCAUCUUCUAGCGAUGAGCCAUUGCCUCCACCUCCGCUACAGCAGAAUUACUUCGCUCCUCCAUUCUAUGGGAGACCUCCAACACCAUUGCCUCCAUCGCCGUCCUUGACAUCGCUACUUCGCCCCUCGCGGCCUACCACACCCGAUGCCUCGGACGACGAGCUCGAGCCGGUGCCGCGCGCAUCCCCAAAGGUGCCCACGUACGAGUACUACGGCUUCGUCUUAUAUCUCUUCUCAUCCCUGACUUUCCUCAUCUACCUCCUGUGGGCCUACCUACCGUCGCCGUUUCUACACGCCUUGGGCAUAUACUACUAUCCUAACAGGUGGUGGGCCUUGGCCAUCCCGUCCUUCCUCGUCAUGCUUAUAGUAUACAUCUACGUCGCGCUCGCGGCCUACAACACGGAGAUUCUGACUCUCCCCUUGACUUCGCUGGAGACGAUCGUGGAUGAGGCAGCUAAGAUCGCGACGAUCGAUAGUAAGGGCAGGAUACGGCUAGGCGAAUCUAAGAAACCCAUCCCGGAGGAGAAGGCUAAGCAACUCGACUGGAAGAAUAUUUGGAACGAAGGCACGGACGCCGUUAUGGAUGUGCCCCUUGCCGGCGUUUGCGAAGUUCUAUAUGGUGAUUUGGAGGAUUCGGAGGACGACGAGCAAUUCGAAAUACAUUGAUUUCUAUGUUGUUACGACACUAGAUAUUGUGGACAGCGAUUUGAAUCAUUUUUGAAGCGUUAAGAGCACGUUUUUGAUUACGAGUCCAUUUGAGGCGAGCAAGCCUGACUAAGUCUCUGAUCUCGAUCACAAGCCUAGGGCCGGUAUUAAUAUCCCAGAUAAAAGGCUUUGCA